AUGUCAGACUCUACGAAGGACUGCGUGAUCGAGGUUGGAGAGGUCGCCUCUCCUGUGGUCAACGAGAAGUCAACCCCAAAGAGCAGUUUGAGCGUUUCCGAGAUCCCCGGGCGCACAUCAUCGUUCAUCUCGGAAUGGACGCCCUUCGGUCUGGUCGCCUCAUACUACGUCUUCUCAGUAUGUCUGUACAUGUACUGCAGCAACAGCUUGAUUGCCAUCUUCUGGUUUAUCUACAUGUGCACCAACUUCUACAUCGCCGGUACAACUGUUCUGGAGGCAUUCUUCAGCAUCACUCCUUGUCGUGAGGCAAGAGAGAUUGUCACCCAGGCACAGGAGAAGGAGUGGCUGUUCCCUACGCCGCACCAUCAGCUACCAAUCAUCGAUCUGCUCAUCGUCGCCUACCUACCCAACGAGCAGGACAUCAUCAUGGAUCGCGCUCUCUAUGCGCUUGAGCAGAUUGACUACCCCUCGAACAGGAUACGCAUCAAUAUCCUCUACAACACCCCGAAAGCAAUCGAGCCAUUGGAGAGCGAGCUAGCCGCACUUCCGCAGCGCUUCCCACACGCAAGGGUCAUCAAGGUGCCCAACUCCACCUCCAAGGCCGACAAUCUUAACUACUUCUUCACGCUGGACACUGGAUCGGACAUCAUCGCCAUCUACGAUUGCGACCACUACCCCCACCCGAACUCACCCAGAUGGGCUGCCGAACGAUUCGUCGCUGACAAGCAGGUUGACAUUGUUCAGGGUCGUUGCAUCGUCUUCAACUCCGAUGAUAGCUUCAUGACCAACAUGAUCGCUGUCGAGUUUGACAAGAUCUACGCUGUUUCUCACCCGGGUCGCUCUACUAUGUGGGGUUUUGGUCUCUUCUGCGGUUCUAAUGGUUACUGGCGCACUUCAUUACUGCGCGAUCUGAAGAUGGACGACACUAUGCUUACCGAGGACAUUGACUCUGCUCUCCGCGCCUUCUCCAAAGGUGCGAAGACUGUUCACGAUCUCAAUGUCACUUCGUACGAGCUGGCCCCCACCACCUUUGGCGCAUUCUGGAAGCAACGUCUCCGGUGGGCUCAGGGUUGGGCUCAAGCGAGUAUGCGUCACAUGAAGAUGGUCUGGAACGGAGUCAAGGAUCCACUGCACGAGGAGCAUGCCAAGCGUAGCUUCACUGCCCGCUUCGGUGUACUGUCACUACUGCUCAUCCGCGAGUCUUCGUACUAUCUGGUUACCCAGUACACGUGUCUCGUCGCGUCAUUCAUUAUCGUCAAGUUUCCGACUUCCGGGGACGAGCUGUGGAGGCUGGUCUAUUUCCAAUACCCUGUAUCACAGUGGCUUUUCAUCAUCAGUAUCGUCUGCUUGAUUGCUACGCUCUGGAUUACCAACCAGGUCAAGUCCGAGUACAUCUCUCGGAGGAUGAUUAUUCUCUUUUCAGUUCUGUAUCCUUUCUAUCUUAUUCUCAACGCCACGAUCGGUCUAUACGGUCAUGCUCGUCAGCUUGUCAACUACAGCUCCUGGAACCCAACAGCCAGGAAGUAA